AUAUUUCCCUCACCCUGGAAUCUCGUCUCGUUCCCUCAUUUCUUUCUUUAUCCCUUUUUUCUCUCUGAUUCCCUCACACUAUUUUCUUUCCUUAUCCUUUCCUUGAGAUUCGGUUGUGAAGAAUUUAGAGGAUAAUUCAGAAUUUCGAUUUGGUUGGUGAAGAAUUUUGUUUCCGGCUAUGGAGGUUUCGGUGAUUGGGAGCUCUCAAGUCAAGCUCGGGAAAUCUGAAUUCGCUUAUAGGGAAGUGCGCUUCUGUCAUUUAAAGGAUACUUUCUACCUUUCGAAUUCUAGGAUCUCUUUUGGUCGGAGUCCCACAUCGACGAAGGCCGGGUUGCGCUUAGCUGUGAACGCUCUUCAAUUUGAUGCCAUUCACCAGGAGAAUCGCUCUCCUUCUCCCAAAACAUCUAAAUCGCUGAAUGGUGUUAGGUUAUUUGUGGGGUUGCCCCUCGACGCUGUUUCUCCUGACUGCAACUCAGUAAACCAUGCUAGAGCAAUUGCAGCUGGUCUGAAAGCUUUGAAGCUACUAGGAGUUGAAGGUGUUGAGCUUCCAGUUUGGUGGGGAAAUGUUGAGAAAGACUGCAUGGGAGAAUAUGAAUGGUCAGGUUAUCUUGCAAUUGCUGAGAUGGUUCAGAGUGCAGGUCUCAAUCUCCAUAUAACGCUUUGCUUUAAUGGAUCUAAAACACCAAGGAUUCCCCUACCCAAGUGGGUGUCUCAGAUUGGUGAUUCGGAGCCAGGCAUUUUCUUUACAGAUCGAUCAGGACAGCAGUAUAAGGAAUGCUUGUCGUUUGCAGUUGAUGAACUUCCAGUUUUCAAUGGGAAGACUGCGGUGCAGGUCUACCAGAGUUUCUGUGAGAGCUUCAAAUCUACGUUUUCUCAUUUUAUGGGCUCUACAAUUACGGGAAUUUCCAUGGGUUUAGGACCUGAUGGAGAAUUACGCUAUCCAUCUCACCACAGGCUACCAAAUAUCAAUGGAGUCGGGGAAUUUCAGUGUUAUGACCAAAACAUGCUUCGCAUUCUUAAAGAACGUGCUGAAGCAUCAGGAAAUCCUUUGUGGGGGCUUGGUGGUCCUCAUGAUGCCCCUAACUAUGGCCAAUCACCAAAUUCCGGUGGCUUUUUCACCGAUGGUGGCUCAUGGGAGUCUCCUUAUGGGGACUUCUUCCUUUCCUGGUAUUCUGAUAUGCUUGUAGCUCAUGGUGAUCGACUCCUUUCCAUAGCAGCUAAAACUUUCGACGGCGGAGUUUCAGUAUAUGGCAAAAUGCCCCUGAUGCACUCUUGGUACAGAACCCGAUCUCAUCCUUCUGAGCUAACUGCAGGAUUCUAUAACACUGCUAACAGAGAUGGUUAUGAAUCGGUUGCAAAGAUGUUUGCUAAGAACUCGUGUAAGAUGAUUUGUCCUGGAAUGGACCUGUCAGAUGCAAACCAGCCAAAUGAAACCCUCUCUAGUCCUGAGUUGUUGCUUGCUCAGAUUAUGGCAGCUUGCAGUGAGCAUGGGGUCAAAGUUUCAGGGCAAAAUUCUUUGAGUGCUCGAGCUCCAGGGGAUUUUGAACAGAUCAAGAAGAACUUAUCAGGAGAUAGUGUGUUGGACUUGUUCACGUAUAAUCGGAUGGGGGCUUACUUCUUUUCGCCCGAACAUUUUCCUUCGUUCACCAAGUUUGUUCAGAGCCUUAAUCAACUAGAAUGGCAUGCAGAUGAUUUACCUGCUGAAGAUGAAGAAGCCGCUGAAUCCUUAGUGAAAAGCUCAGAAUCAAGCAAGCAUUUGCAAGCAGCCUAAAAGUGAUCAAUCCGUAUCUAUGUUAAUCAUGUAUAUAAAAAUUUGUUGUAAAAUUGCUUAAGAACGGGUUGUCUUCAAAAUGCAAUCAGGAUGCAUAAUGACAUCCUGGAUUACGUAGCCAUUGUUACAUACCUAUUAUGGCAGUUUUUUUUUUUUUUAAAGUUCUGUAUAAUAAUUUGGGGUUAUGGUAUCAAAUCGUAUUGAGGGAAGGGGCUAGGUACAUGAGUUAUCACGCUCUUUAUACAUAUUGGAUUUUAAGAGAAUUUUUCAAUCUAAUGGGGAGAAUUUAUCGUCUUGAAA